AUGAGUGAGCUGAGUGAGACGGGCUUUUUCGUUGAAAUUCCUGCCAUGGAGGAGAAUGCGGACGAGCAACUCAACAACGAAAGCCCGAAACAGGACGAUCAAGAGAUGGAAGAGCUAAAUGGCGAAGUGCAGGCGGAAUCGUGCAACCAGAAAUGUGCACCAGAUGCCAUCCGUGAGUUCGAGGAAAAACUAAAGAAGCAGAAGAAAAAAAGCACCACCACCCAAUAUCAAACGCGCAGUAAAUGGGCAAAAAAGGUACUGUUCAUGAUGCAGCGAUGCGUUUGUUUUUAUAAAAAAUAG